AUGCACGUCGACAGCAUAUUCGACCCUGACCCACUCCUCAACUCGUCACUCCCCCCCAGGCCCUGGUAUCGGCGGACGACCCUACCCACCUCUCUCGCCAACUCGUCCAACCUCGCCCAAUGUCUCUCCAACCAUAUGAUGCCCCCUCUCAGCCCUCACAUGGCAGCCAUACAACUCGGUCACACCACCGAUCUCAAUCUAGUCACCACCGGUAUAGGUCUCGCUCAAUCCGGCCCACGUCCUCGUACCAAGAGGAAUCCCUCGGAGGAUGAUCCGUCGCAGUCGUCCAAACGGGUGAGACGAUCACGCAACUCGAACAAUCAGGAGCAGGAGCAGGAGCAGGAGCAGGAGCAGGAGAGAGAACAGGUCCCGACGUGGAGCUCGAGUCAACGGAGCCCGACUAAACUGUCCAACCAACAGGUCAGGUCGUCGGCUUCAGGGGCGAACAGACCGAAGACUCAGGUGGCGAAGGACUGGUGGCAGGCUUUCCGUCUGGAAUCGAAAUGGAAUACCAUCAAGUUCGUACCCGCCCCGAUGGUAUUCGCCAACAUGAUCACGACCCUUCGGUCCCUUGCUAAAUCCCCAUCCGACCUCUCGCCUUCCGAGCUGGACGCUCAGGCUCUGUUCUCAUCCGACUGGCUCACCCUGCUCGUCCACGGGGAGAAUCAACGUACCACUUGGACGUCGGAUCACUUUCAGGCUCUGGAAGAAGCGUCACGUCUACCUCCUGGUCAUCCGGAAAAGGUAGGAUUGGCAAACAGACCGGUAAACGAUGUGAAAUGGCACAUUAUGAGUUUUGAUGAGAUCCCACUCCAAAUGGAAUUCUGGCAGGGGGUAUGUGUACCCGCCAACGAAGCCUUGAGGCUGGGUAGAGAUCUAUGGAAGACGGAUGGACCGGCGUCGGCGUCGGCGUCCUUCAAGAGACGUGUCAGGGGGAACAUGAACAUGGAUGGAUGGUUGGAUAGUAGAUGGACUUACGCUGUGGUAGUAGGUUCCGGAACGACUGAUUUCUCCGAUUUGAUCGACGAGUCUUCACGCGAGGAUCAACAUCAAGAUCAAGAUGUUCCCACGACGACGGUACUCUCACCCGUACCGAUGCCGAUGCCACCCACCACCUCGACCUCUGGGCGGUCGACGCCAGCGUACAGGACCACAGCCAUCAUCGAGUACAAACCUUUUCUCACCCUGCGCGACCUACUCGUCUUUAUCUUCCUCGUCAGCAGACACGGUACUUUGAAGAUGGACAUAUGGGAUGGACAGUCCACGCCGAGGAUCAAGCAGGAUAAGAAGGGGAAGGUGUCGGCAGCGAUGAGAUGGUAUUUGUCCCAGAUCCUUCAACAGUUUCAUAAGAAUCACACUCGUCACGCCAUGCUCUCGUCACAUGAAGCUUCCAUCAUGCUCGUCCUGAACCGAGACGAGAUCCAACUGUCAGGUCUGAUCCUGCACGAUCAUUCGGCCGCCAAUGUGGAAAGGAUCAAGCGGGAGUUUGGACAUAUCGUCGCUAGAGAUGUGUUUUUUGAUGCUUUUGAUUUUCCGGUUGCCCUUGAAGCGGGGGGUGGAGGGGGACGGGGGGAAAUGGGGGAUGUAGAGGGACGGGGGGAAAUGGGGGAUGUAGAGGGACGGGGGGGAAUGGGAGAUGGAGAGGGAGAGCAAGAAAGUCUAGAAGGAUGGAGAUGGAACAGUAUCUUCUUUGACUUGGCAAAACCGCCUUCUCUCUUGGAAUCCGUGUUAGCCAUGUCCAAGGCCGGUCAUUGCCCAGACAGAGACGGAGACGAUGAUGAUGAUGAUGAUGAGGAUGAUGGGAUAAAAUGGGUAUCUCAGCCUGUCAGGCAACAACCUCCUCCUCCCCGUCUCCCUCCCCCUCCUCCUCCUCCUCCUCCUCCUUCUGCCGGUGGCGGUGGUGGUAGUCAUGGUCAUGGUGGACCGCAAGUCUCAAGAUCCGCCGGAUGGAACCAUUCUCUGUCAAAUCAACAUGGUCAAGGCGAGAACGGUCAUGGUCAAGGCAACACGUUGAGCGACGAUAUCACCUACCCUUUAUCAACUUAUCUACCUCAUAUCGAUCUCACCCAACUCCCACUCCGACCCCAACAUCCUCCUACCCCGCUGAUGGACCGUCAAUGGGAUCUCUUGUUCCCCACCCCACCUACACCUAUCAAAUUAAAAAAACUGUCCACCGGAUCCGGAUCCGAUACUUCCUUCCAGGCCACCUCGGACGUAUCGUCAGAAUCCCGAACGCUGGUCAAUCCAGACACGAGCCUCGACUUUGUGAAAGUCGAACCGAAACCAGACCUUCCUGACGAUCUCAUCAGAGAGCUCAACUUGUCUCAGGUGGAUAUCAUAUCCAACCCGGUGAAAGUGGCCCCCGUUCAAGCUGUUCACGGUGUUCUUCCGACCCACCAUGCUGAAAAAGGAGGAGACACACGACCAGACGUCGCACAUGUUCAUGUUCAUGAUCGAAUACCCAUGGUCGUUCAACCGACCCGUUUGCUGGGAAAAGGAAGGCUGUACACGACGUACAAGGCGGACGUUUGGUUUCCCGGUCGUACGCGGCCUUUAUGGGUUGUCAUCAAGAUUUGCGAUCUGAACGAGUUUCCUAUUUCUCCUCGAGUCGAUCGUUUGGAACAUCUGGAAGGUUCGGGUCAUCAUAAAUCAUCAAAAUCAGACGAUAACGAAUCAUCAGGUUCAGCUUCAAACGACACCGAAUCAUCAUAUCCAAGUCACGAGACUCUCCACACCCAUUCCGAAUAUACGAAAUACAGAUACGGAUACAGAUACACACGUCAACAAGCCGUGGAACACGUGUGGAAAGAAAUCAACGUCCUCAACGGUCCUCUCCGAUCUCAACAGGGAAAGGUCGUACCGAGGUUACAUGGUGUUUGGCAAUCGGACGUCUUGUCAAGUUCGACCGACGCCCAUGCGGAUGACACUUUGGGGUCUGAAAGGAGAAAAGGAAAAGUCGAUUGUGGGCUGCCGGACAAAGCGGAAGGAGCAAAGGUGUUGAUGAUGAUGCAGGAAUACUGCGGCGAGGCGAUCAGUGAGUAUGACGAUGUGGUUUUGCCAGAAAGAUAUCUUCAACCCGCUCUCCACGCCCUGGACGCUAUCCACUCGUGCGGUAUUCUUCACUCGGACAUCCGAGCCAGGCAUCUCUUACUCCAUCCCGAAAAGAAGUGUCUGGUAUGGUGCGAUCUGGAAGGUUCCUCCUCCAUCAUAUCAUCCAAUGACGAUGACGACUCCCAUCUCGACGAUCUCAAUCUCCCUCUCCACGAUGUGGAUCCGAGACUUGGUUGCGAGACCAGCGAAACCGGCCAAUGCGAUGGGAAGGGCUCCCAUGUGGAAGUGGGAUAUGUCGAGAUGGCCAAGGAGAGGGAAAGAAGGCAUGUGAGGGAUUUAUUCUGA